CACGGCGAAUCGGCGCGGCGUAGUGGAAAUUGGGAAAAAAAAAACCUUCAAGAUUUCCCUUACACGAUUCUUGUUUCCCGCCUUGGUAUUAAGUUCUUCGGGGACACUGGAUUGGUUCGUUCCGCAGAAAUCGUCUUGAUUCUCCUUCCGGCAACCUUGAGACAACGAUCCGCAUCCUUUUUUCCAGCACACAGAAAAUUGGUGUAUCUCUCUGUGUCUUCGCCACCGUAUAGAUGACAGGGAAAGGGGAAGUGAGGCGACUGACAGGCACCGCAGCAACUCACUCGUACUUUUCUGGAGACUUCUAAUAAGCGGACAGGGUCUCUCCCAUUCCGGCCGAAUCUUAUGUACUAUAUCGUACAUAAUAAUGGAAGAAUUAGCCACCGGAAUAACUAUAAGUUGAAGGACGGAUUCCCCAUUGAGAAGACAAUAUAAUGUGAAGGCUCGGAAACGCGGCGGAAUAACCAAAUAAUUGCUACACAAGUUCACGCAGGGGGGAAAAACCACAUUUAUAAGGAUCUUUAUCGCUGUGUGUCAAGGAUAUCUCGUGCGAUUUAUUGAAGAGAACCGGGCCGUCCCUUUUAUUUUUAUUUUUAUUCAACUACAUCACAUAGUAAAGAAGAAGAAAAAAGAAAACGAUUUGGACUUGGCUUAGUUGUUGUUGUGCAGGUUGAAAGUUUGGCUGUUUUCCCGACCGCGAUUUCACGUCCGCUCGAUACUACAACAGCAAAACAACGGAGAAGAUUUUUAUUUUCGUAUUUUUUUUUUUUUUUUUGCUAGUCGAAAAGUUCAAGCUGACGCUGAGCGAAUAGGAGGGAAUUUCACUUUCGUUUACUACACGGUCAGCAGCAGCAGCAGCAGGACGCCCUGGCUGGAUCUCUGGGGGGAGACUGGGCCGUCUGCCAACAUCGCCACAACUCUCGAUUUUUUCGUCCGACUUGCUCCGAUUCCGGUUUGAACCACGUGGAAAGAGCAAAAGAAAAAAGAAAAAAGUUGACUUUUCAAAAUUGAAUGAUUAGAAAUUCUUUUUUUUUUCAAUUCGUUCAAAUGAUUUACGAUAUGUUAAUAUUUCUACGCAAAUUUCACUUUUUUUUGUUAAUCAUCUCAAGAUAAAAUCCCCUCGAGCAGCCCAAGUUGUGUACAAAUCUUGAUGUGAUUUGGUUUGGUUUUUUUACAGACUGUCGCCGAUUCGUUCCCCCAGUGUCAAACGAAAUCAAAAGUCCCGCACGCCGGAUCCUGUCGGAUUGACGGAGCAGAUAAUGAGCGGACCGGUUUUUGUUAUUCACAAAAUUCCUGUAGGGCGGAUAAUCGCCGAAAAAAAAAAUAUUUGUCAAUCAAAUGAUGCGGUCAUUUCAUUUCCCAACAUAUUGGCCAAGUCAAAUUUUUUCGGCUGGAUGGAAAGUGACGGUCACCUGACCAUCUAAAGAGAGAGAGGUGUCAAGGACGUUUACAAGCGAUGGGGGCGCGAUCUUCUCCGACCCGAGUUGACCUAAAUUAUUUUCGUACUACUACCCCCAAAAAAAUCCUGAUUUCCUUUUCAACAUCAAAAGAAAAAAGAGUCUUUGUAGUAGUCGUAGUAGUAGUAGUAAGGAUCUUUGUUUGUACUAUACCCAGUGACCUCUUAAUCUACUUUUUCCUUGUUCACUUGUGGACUAGAAAUGGAGACGAGAGAGAGAAAGACUUGUGUGAAUCAUCUCCCCAUUUUUAUUUGUAUUUUUUACUCCCCCGGUGUGUAGUAAGUUGGCACGGGUGACGGCGAAUCUCGGAGUGAAAGUGACGGUUGACCAACUCUCGACUUUGACGUGUGUAGAGCUGACGAGAUUCUCCUCUGCCGCCAGCAGGAAGGCCCACCUCUUGGAGUCGCCCAUUGGCUGCCGCCGUCGUCUUAUCCAGCGCGGAGAGAGAGAAGGAGAGAGAAGGAGAGAAAUAGAAGAAAGAAGGCCCCCUUGUUACUAGACUUACACUACACUACACCGUGCAGUGGAGGGACCCCAGAGGACCACAUGUUAUUAUUCUCGGCGCAGCAGGACCGCCUCGAACAAACCGAGACGGUUAAGUGUGAACACGAACAAAAACAAAAGUUGUUGGUUUUUUUUUACCCUUUCGUCGCUUCUCCUGCCGAUUGAUCGCCAAUUUUUGUUGGUUCUGGGGCCCGACAUCAUUCCGGUGACUGGGCGCCUACCCCCGUCGAUCCUGCCGAAAUCCAUCGUCGCAAGAAUGGCGUCGCCAGCCUUCGUACCAAUCCGGCACAGGUUGGCUAUCGCGGCGCUGCUGUCGCUAGUUGUACUGGCCGUCGCCUCCAUCGAGAUUGACGACAGCCCAUCCGCUGGACUCUUGACUUCAUCCGGACGUGAGAAUCCCAUCGCCUUGCCGGCCAUUCUGCCCAUCACAGACGCCCCAACGACGACGACAGGCAAUUCUUCCACGACCGUCCAGCUGCCCCUGACUAAUGACCAAGUGCGCUGGGCCGUCGAUUUGGCCGUUUCACGCCUGGCCGGCUCCGACACUUCGCGUGUCUUCAACGGAAAGUUGGCCCAGUUCGUCAGUCCGGCCACUCGUGACAGGGCCGCAGCGGCGCUGGUCGCCGAAGAAGUCAUUCGCAUCUUAGCACAAAGCUGGUCGGUGAGUUCGGCCGAUAUCCGAAAACGAUUGGGUGGCACCCAGCUGGCCGGCACCCAACUGUCGGAGUCUUGUCCCGAGAAGAAGACGCACACCUGCCAACCCCAAAAGUUCCGUCACGCGUCCGCCUUCUGCAACAACGUGCAGAAUCCAACCUGGGGCAGUUCAGACUCGACUUACGGCAGACUCGUCUCGUCGUCCUACAGUGAUGGGAUCAGUCAAGUCAGACUGGCCGUUACUGGCAAACCCUUGCCGAGUCCAGUGAAAAUCGCCGACACCAUUCACGCCCCGAAAAAGACCAGCAAUGGCUACCUCACCACUUUGUCCGGCGUCUGGGCUGAAUUCGUUCAAAACGACAUUUCCAGGCCCGUUUCUUAUGUCGAUCUGGGCGUGGAAGGGCAGUGUUGCUCCGGGACGGAAACCAACACGGCCACCUGCAUUUCGACUCACGAAGAAAAUAAAUGCACGUCCUACUCGCGAACGGUGGCCGUCUUGAACAGGAAAUGCGAAUUGGGAGCCCGAGAGCAAAUGAACGGAGCCACGGCUUUCCUGGACGCCUCCACCAUCUACGGCAACAGCCUGGACGCGGCCAAUCAAUUGCGGACCUUCGAGGGCGGAUUGAUGCGGACGAGCUUCGGCGAUUUGCUGCCGGUGGACCACAGUUGCGAUUUGUCCAGCAGCAGCGGAAACGCCAGCGAUUGCGUCGAGUCGGGCGACGCCAGAGUCAACGAGAGUCCGGCCUUGAUGGUCCUCCACACGCUCUUUGUCCGCCAGCACAACCGGCUGGCCGCCAAACUGGCCCAUGCCAACGCCAUGUGGGACGACGAGACGCUGUACCAGGAGACGAGGCGUCUGGUGACGGCCCAGAUCCAGCACGUGACCUACCGCGAGUUCCUGCCCGCUGUACUGGGCGAGAACUUGGCAGAGAACCUGAAGCUCACGCCCAAAUUGGCUGGACAUUUCCUCGGUUACGACAGCGACGCCUAUCCAGGCAGCCUGGAGGCCGCCGCUUCGGCCGCUCUCUCUUUCUCCCUGGCCAUGCUUCCGGCCAAAUUCGAAACAUUCACCAUGACGGGCGAUAAGUCUGGAGAGAUGGCCACCAACGCCACCGGCCACCUCAACGCCCAGCAGGCUGAAGAACUCCUUUACGGAUUGAUCAGCACCAUGAGCCGGCGGGUGAGUCUUCACAUCGCCAAGGACGUCCGCCGCGCCACCAACGGAAUGGACAAAGUCGUCGAGAUCCUGAUGAGGGGUCGCGAUCACGGCCUUCCCGGCUACACCGCUUGGCGCCAGUUCUGCGGAUUGUCUCCCAUCCGCAAUUUCACCGACUUGAGCGACAUCGUCUCAUCCACCAACAUCGUCCUCCUGGCCAGCGUCUACAGCCACGUCAGCGACAUCGAUCUGUUCACCGGUGGGCUGGCAGAGACUCCGCUCAAAGGCGCCGUCGUCGGCCCGACCAUCGGCUGCAUCCUGGCCCAUCAGUUCUCGUUGCUCAGGAAAUCCGAUCGCUUCUGGUACGAGAACGACGUGCCACCUUCAUCGUUUUCUCGAGAGCAAUUGCAGGAAAUUCGCAAGACCAGUCUGGCCGGCAUCAUCUGCCAGAAUUUCGAAAUGAUCAAAUCCAUGUCGCCCAAAGUUUUCCACGAAAGAGAUAAUUUCUUAAAUUCGCCGAUCCCUUGCGAUAUGAUGGUUGACAUCGAACUGAGCCCGUGGGUCAGCGAUUCACCUGCCAUGCAAGUACCGGACGAUCUGCUCCGUCAAUCGAUCCAGCGCGCUUUGAUCGACAUUUCCCUGCGUCGAGAGAAUGAAAAACUUCUUUUCCAAACCAAUAAAGGAGCCAAUCCGAAAUCUCCACUGGGAAUCGCUUCCGCUUUCAGCCGGGCCAGUCCUGCCGCCAUUUUCAUGUCAAACACGUCACUCCUGCUGGAAUACGCAUCCGAAGAGUUUAUCAACCACCUGGAACAGCCGAAAUAUGGUCGUGUCAAGAGACAGUUGAACGGAUUGCUGGGCAAUUUGUUCGGACGGCUGACUCGCCCUCUGUCGCAGGGACUCAACAACGUCGACGUGACCCGUUUCGUCCAGCCGGCCACCGCUCCCAACGUUUGCCGCAACAACGAGGAGACCCUUCCGUGCGACAACACGUCGCCGUUCCGCAAAUUCGGCGGAUGGUGCAACAAUCUGCGCAAUCCGACGUUCGGCAAGACCCUGACACCUUUCAACCGUCUCCUGGCCGCCGGCUACGACGACGGGAUCGCCCGACCGCGCUGGCGUUCAGUCACUAACCAACCGCUCCCGUCGCCCCGUCUCAUCUCCGUCGUGGUCCACCAGGACGUCAGCAACAUGCACCGACGCUACACGAUGAUGCUGACCUACUUUGGCCAGUUCCUCGACCACGACGUCAGCCUGACGCCCAUUUCCCGUGGAUUCCAGGACGCCAUUUUGAAUUGCCGCGACUGCGACUCGCCAACCAACGUCCACCCCGAAUGCUGGCCCAUUCCAAUUCCCAGCAACGAUCCUUUCUUCCCCAAAGUCAACCUGCAGACAGGGCGGCCAGUUUGCAUGUCCUUUACGCGAUCCUUGCCCGGUCAGCAGCGAUUGGGAGCCCGGGAACAGAUGGACAUGAACACGGCCUACCUUGACUUGUCCCACGUUUACGGACAGACCCCCUGCGAGUCGCAGCGACUCCGGGCCUUCAGUGGCGGCCGGAUGAACAUCACCAUCUCCCCGUUCCGCGGCAGGGAUUUGCUGCCGCAAACGAGUCGACUGGCCGAAUGUCAAGCGGCUUCCGGCCUCUGUUUCGACGCUGGUGACUCACGAGCCACCGAGAAUCCCGGCCUGAGCGUCCUGCACACGGUCAUGGUGCGAGAACACAACCGGAUCGCAGGCCAGCUUCAGACUUUCAAUCGCCAGUGGGACGACGAGCGGCUGUACAUGACGAGCCGGAAGAUUACCGGCGCCAUCUGGCAGCACGUCAUUUACAACGAGUACCUACCCCGAGUCCUCGGCUGGAACGCCAUCAAUCUCUACGGCCUCAACCUGCUGACGGAAGGAUUCUACGAAGGAUACGAUUCCAACUGCAACGCCGGAAUCUUCAACGAGUUCUCCACGGCCGCCUACCGUUUCGGCCACUCGUUGGUCCGCCCCUUUUUCCCACGAGUCGACGCCUCCUUCCAGGAGAAAACGCCAAUCCUUUUGCGUGCCGGUUUCUUCAAUUCUGAAAUGCUGAUGGAGGUGCAGGCCAUCGACGAGUUGGUUCGAGGCCUUUUCGUCUCGCCCAUGGAGAACCUGGAUCAGUUCGUGACGGGCGAGAUCACCAAUCACCUGUUCGAGGCCAAGACGGUGCCUUUCUCCGGUUUCGAUCUGGCAGCUCUCAACAUCCAGCGCGGCCGAGACCACGGCCUCCGUCCCUACAACGAAUACCGGGCCGCUUGCAACCUGAAACGGGCCACCACCUUCGAAGACCUGAGCCGCGAGAUGACGGCCCAAGUCAUCGAGCGACUCAAACAAGUUUACGCCUCGGUCGACGACAUUGAUUUGUGGACGGGCGGUUUGACGGAGACUCCGCUCCAGGGCGGUUUGGUCGGACCAACUUUUGCCUGCGUCAUCGGCAACCAAUUCCGAAGUUUGAGACGCUGCGAUCGUUUCUGGUACGAGAACGGCAAUCAAGCCGGCCGCUUCACUGAGGCUCAAUUGGCCGAAAUUCGCAAAGUGGCUUUGGCCCGUCUUCUCUGCGAGAAUUCUGACACGAUCGGCGAGGUGACGCGCUCCGUUUUCGACCUGCCGCACAAUUUCUUGAAUCCUCGGGUGCCAUGCCGUUCCCUGCCGCCUCUCGACUUGACUCCGUGGCGCGAGCAGGAAAGUGCCAAUUGCGUCGUCCUGGGCAAAACCAUCGCCCUGGGAGCCUCAUCGCUCGUUUCUCCCUGUACAUCUUGUACCUGCACAGCUGAAGGACCGCAGUGUCAGUCGCUGCGAGUCAACUGCCAGCAGCUGCUCACCGAUGUGGGUCGGGAUGCCAUCCUGGCCGACAGCGUCUGCCGCGUUCAAUGCGCUUUCCUCGUCAAUCCCGCUCCGGCCGCACCGGCUCCUCCACCGGCUCAACCUGCGCCGCAACGACCCCCUCAACAACAGCAAGGUGGACCGCCACCUCGUCAACCGCAGCGAGGCGCUCGUUUACUGCCCAACUUGUUGAAUCUCUUUGGUUAAAAUCCUGCCAUUCAUUUGUCUUCUCAUCUUUGCUCCUCCUUAUCUCUCUCAAAUUUUCUUUUUUUUUUCUACCCGUCCAUUCUAGAUUCACAUAUAUAUAAUAAUUACAAUACUAUCGUAUUUUUUUUUUUGUCGGAUGGUUGUGUUGCAAAAGACAAGAGACGAGUCGCAGUGGCCAAUUGCCCGGCCAGUCGGACGACUUUCCCAAUGUAUCGCGGGAUUCGUGUCUCUCUUUGUAUCCAUUCCAGAGAUGCUUUUAUAAAUUGGCAAGUCAAUCGUACUUGGAAGAAAAAACAAACGAAAAAAAAAAUAUUAUUGACAAUGUAAGCGAUAUAAAAGUGUGUACAUUUGUGUCGAACAAAAACUCGUGGAAUCCUCUCUCUCUCUCCCUCAUCCCUCCUCCCCUUUUUCGGGGGUAUUUUGUAAUUGUCAAUUUUCUCCUGAAGACGAAAUUGAAAAAGACAAACAGAAAUUACGUUGAGGUUGCCGUGAACGCGCUGAACUUUGUGAUAAUCAAGUUUCUUCCCUUAAAUGUGACGCGUUUAAAUCCUUUUAUUUUUUUUUCGUCCUUUUCGUGCUAAACAUUUUUUCCCCCGUCCGCUUUUUUUUUUUACAAGUUUUUUUUUUUUUUUUUUUCUGAUUGUUUUUUUUUGUUUCAUUAUUAUUUCCAGACGCUGGCGGUCACGUGAGUGUUUUCGUACGUGAUGGCUGUAUUUUUUUUUUGUAUUUAGCUGACUACAUAGCGACCAAUACAUGACAUUGUAAUGAUAAA